AUGUCUUCCAAGGCCGUGAAUCGUCCCACCGACACCAAACAGAAGGAGAAGGACAUCAACCAGAAGCUCCAACUGUUCGGUAUCUUCCAUGCUUUCAAGAACAGCAAGCUCCCAUCGAACAAACAGUGCGAUGUCGCUCUUAACAGCGCCUUGAACUCCAAGGUUCUUGCGUCGCCUCCUUCGGAGCUUUCCGAUGAGGGCAAGGUCCUCGUCGCGGACGUGCGCAAUGUGAUUGAGCAUGCCAAGAAGAUGCUCCUGACCAAGAACCAAGGCGAGCUUCUUCAGGACUUUAUCUGGCAGGCCCAGCAGAUCACUGCUGGUGAUGCCAAAGCCCCCAACGUGCCUGUCACGAAGGAGGAUAGCAAGCAAGAUGCCAACAGGGCCCUUGAUGGCCUGAAGACUCUUGGUACUCUUCUGCUUACCAACGGCGAGUUCAGAAAGAUCUUGAGCGAUGCUACCGUCCUCAUGAAGGAUAUCGCUGCCGACGCGUCCCAGAAGGCUGCCAACCAGGUUCGCCCCUCUGAAGAGCAGCUGGCACAGAUUGACGCUCCCGCCGAGGAGAACGUCUGGCACGAGAAGCCCAACAUCAACAAGGAUGAUCUCAAGUCCAAGUUUAAGAAGAGGAGUGACAAUGCCAGCACUGGCUCUCCUUCUGUUGCCGACUACGAGACUACUGGCACUGCCGACCGCGCGAUUACUGGCACUGCCGACCGCGAGAUUACUGGCACUGCCGACAACGAGUCUGUCACUCCCUCGGAGAUGAGCCGCCGCAAGAAGUACGCCAACCAAACCAAGGAGUACCUCCAGGAUAAGAUCCCUAAGGAGCGUCGCGAGCAGACCAUCUGGCGUCUUAAGAAGAUGGUCAUUGAGGUUCAGGGCCACGCCGACUACCAGCAAGCUAUUGAGACCCUUCUGGAUCUGGCUGAGAAGUAUGCGGGCCACACCAAGGACGUUACCUCGCAGAGUGGCUCCGCUGCUAAGGACGUCCGCUCCACCGAUAGCGUGAAGAUUGUUGAGAACAACUUGCGCACUCUCAUUGAGCGCUUCGCCAACAACACCUCCCUGUCUAACUUCUUCGAGUCUCUGAACAACAUCUACCGCGAUGCCGACCAGGACCCCGAGCUACGUGGCUGGUUCUCUAGCAUGGAUACCUUCAUUCGCAGGGCCCUUCGUGAGCAGGGCUUUAUUAUGGAAGAAGAGUGCAACCGCCAGUGGAAUGACUUGUAUGAGAAGGGUCGCUACCUGGCUCGUGAGCGCUACCGCAACCACACCGACAACAUCGUCGACCAGAUUAAGUUCCUGGCCGACCAAUUCGAGAGGGACCCCCAGAACAAGGCUUUCGCCGACUCCAUCCAGAAGCUGUUCCUCGACCUCGGCCGCGACUCCAAUGGCAAGGUUGUCUUCAAGAAGCAUCUGCUCACGGAUAUCCGCGACAUCAUCCUGCCCGGUAUCUUCGAGAACGUCCGAUACGUUCCCAUUCCCCGUAUCGAGGUGUCUGACCCCAUGGUCGACGUCGUGGUUGAGAACCUCGUUAUUGAGAGUGACAACUUGAUGCCCAACGUUGUCGAGUUCGGCAGCGACAACUACUUCCGCUGGGGCCGGAAGAAGAUUAGCAACAAGCGUGACAACAAGAUCAUGAUCGCUGGUUCCGGCAUCCAGGCUGAUCUCCGCGAUGUCAGCUACUACAUCAAGAAGAAGCAGGGCUUCCCCUCCAUCACCGAUACCGGUAUCAUGGAUAUCUUCCUUGGUGGCGAGGGCUUCAGCUUCAAGAUUGCUGCCUCUACCGCCGAUAAGAAUGAUAAGCAGCAGCACUUCGUCAAGCUGGACAAGGUCUCCGUGAACAUCAAGAACAUGGACAUCAAGCUCCGCAAGUCCAAGCACAAGGCUCUCUUCGCUACCUUCAAGCCCCUGCUCUUCCGCGUGGUUCGCCCCGCUCUCGAGAAGGUCAUCGAGGGCCAAAUCCGCAAUGCUUUCCAGAAGGGUGAUGCGUACGCUCACGAGAUUCACACCGAGGCCACCAAGGCCCAGGAGGCUGCCCGUGAGGACCCCGAGAACGCCCCCACCAUUCUCUCCCGCUACGCCGAUGCCAUGCGCGCUCGCGCCCAGGCCAAAGCCAAGCAGGCCGAGGCCAUCAUGCAGCGUGACACCAAGGUGCAAACUGUCACGACUAUGCACGACUCGAUUUUCCCUGACAUCAAACUGCCCGGCGGUGUCUCCACCAAGGCCACCGAAUACGUCGACCUUGCCAGGAAGGGUGAGCGCUGGGAAUCGCCCAUCUUCAGCAUUGGUCACGCCAACGAGUCCACCGAUAUCCCUACUCCGGGCCCUGUCACCCGGAAGGCCCCCACCGCCGAUGGCACUGUCGGACAAUCGGGCGUUGCUGGGACCAUCGGCCACACAAACGGCCACACCAACGGUACUCACACCACCCUCCCUACCAACGGUACUCACACCAACGGUUUCUCGCGCGAGGUUGAUCAGGCCUUCGUCAACGACAAGACGAAGAACCUCAGCGACGGUGUUACCAAUGGCGCGCACGCCGUCACCACCGGUCCCGCAGUUGUCACCUCCGGUCCCACAGUUGCUUAA